UUCCUCCAAUCAAACGCCCAUGUGAACCCAACUAUAUAUCCCCGGUUCCAACACUAGGCUCUUUCUCUCUCCUCUCUCUCUCUGUCUGCUCGAAGGAAGAUCUAUCUUUUUAUUCCUGUGAUCAGAGAUGAAUUGUCUCCAGAAUCUCACAGGAUCCUCUGUUUUGCCUCUCCGGAGCUUCAGAAGCAAUCCCACGAGGAGGCCUUCCUUCUCUAUCGCAACUCUGGGAACGAUGAGCUGCAUCGAUCUACCCAGAAGCAUGGCUGUGAAGGCAAUUUCUGGUUCCACCUCUAGUGCUGAGACGAGUGGUGCUGAAGCAAAAGAGGAAAAGUCUGAGAUAUAUAGUAAUAACAUGACAGAAGCCAUGGGUGCUGUCUUGACCUAUAGGCAUGAGCUAGGUAUGAACUACAACUUCAUACGUCCAGAUCUGAUUGUGGGGUCUUGCCUACAGACACCUAAAGAUGUUGACAAACUCCGAAGCAUCGGCGUGAAGACCAUUUUUUGCUUGCAACAAGAUUCAGAUUUGGAAUAUUUUAGUGUUGACAUCGGUGCCAUUCGAGAGUAUGCCAACACAUUUGAUGACAUUGAACACUUGCGUGCUGAAAUAAGGGACUUUGAUUCAUAUGAUCUACGUCUCCGGCUUCCUGUUGUUGUUAGCAAAUUAUAUAAAGCCAUAAAUCGAAAUGGAGGUGUCACUUAUGUGCAUUGCACUGCUGGACUUGGAAGAGCUCCUGCAGCUGCGUUGGCUUACAUGUCCUGGGUACAGGGAUACAAACUUACAGAUGCUGUCAAUUUACUGCUGAGCAAGCGUUCGUGCUUCCCAAAACUGGAUGCUAUAAAAAAUGCUACCGCAGAUAUUCUUACAGGCAUGACAAAAAGGGUUGUCACAUUGACUUGGGGAGGUGAUAAUUGCUCUACAGUGGAAAUCUCAGGACUUGAUAUUGGAUGGGGUCAGAGGAUUCCUUUAGAGUUUAAUAAGGAACAGGAUUCGUGGAUUCUCAAGAGGGAAUUGCCGGAAGGACAAUAUGAAUAUAAAUACGUCAUUGAUGGUGGGUGGACACACAAUAAGCACGAGCCUUUCACCUCUCCCAACAAGGAUGGCCAUGUCAACAAUUAUGUUCAUGUUGUUGAGGACGACCCUAACAGUGAAAGUGCGGCCAUACGGAAGAGGUUGACUGGUGAUGAUCCUCAUCUUACAACCGAGGAACGACUGAAAAUAAGACGGUUUCUCGAAUCUUGUCCCAGUGAUGAGUGAAUUACAAAAGGGCAAUACAAGUGUUCUAGCAUGUAAAGUAGUAACUGUACGAGUUCCCUAGCAUCACAUGUUAACAUAUAUGAAAUAAAUGUGGUAUAGUAUAGUUAAUGAUCAAUAAAUUAAAUUCGUAUUCCAGCAACAAUUUAAUAAUAGAAAGGAGAAGAAUUUUAAGUGA